AUGGGUGGCGCCAUAUCAAUUAAUAAACUUCGCAAGAAAAAUAAAUCAAAACAUACCAGAACCAUCCAAAGAUAUGAAAAAAAAACAGAUGAUGCAAAAGAACCAUUAAAAUAUUAUUUAGCAAAUUUUAUAAAAGAUACGGACAUAAUGGUACUGGGACAUUUCCUUGGGCGAUAUCUUUUUCAAAGUAUCCAUAAUGCGCCAGUUGAGGAAAUUUUGACAAAUGAAAAUUGUAAAGUCUUGGAUGUGGGCUGCGGGUCGGGAACUUGGUUAUUAGAAUCGGCGACACUUUAUAGGUCAUCGAGUUUCCUCGGAAUCGAUUUGUGCACUAUAUAUCCAGCAGAAAUUAAGCCGGAUAACGUGGAAUUUAUGCAAGUCGAUGUUUUGAAUGGGCUUCCAUUCGAAGACAAUACAUAUGACUACGUACACCAAGGAAACAUGGUUGAAGUAUAUACAAUAGAUCAAUGGAAUUUCAUCAUCUCAGAACUAAUUAGGGUGUGCAAACCGGGCGGAUACAUAGAAUUCACCGAACCCGAAUUAGCUCCUAAAACUGGUCCAAUACUUAAAAGAUUCUACGACGCACUGAUAGAAUUAAGCGAGUCACGUAAUGUGAGAAUACGAAUGUAUAGAAACCUCAUCAAAAUCUUAAACUCAACACAGACGGUACAUAAUAUCGAAUCAAAAGUUGCCAUAGUACCAUUAGGGAUGAAGAAAGGGGGAAACGUCGGACAAGCAUAUUUGGAAGUACAUGAUGGAUUUUUCUUGAAUGAUCCCAUGCCUGAAACCAUGAGUAAAAUUAUGAACCUUUCACAACAAGAAUAUUUUGAUCUAUUUGAUGAAGCUAAGCAAGAAAUUGAAAAGGGCAUAGCACCUGAUUGUGAAAUAUAUAGAAUAUGGUGUCAAAAAAGAAUUUAA